AUGCAUGGCGAGUCAAUACCACAUUUCUUCUUGACCUGUCUGGCAGUGAAAGCAAUUUGGAGGGAAUGGUGGUCAAAACGAAGUUUCUCCACGACCCUAAGGUCCAUUAUCAAGGUUAUUCCAAUCGUCCUUUUAUGCGAGUUUUGGAAGAAUUAUUAUAAUAUUGUUGGGCCAGUUUUUUCUAGCCGGGCUUAG